UCAGUACAAAUGCGUCAUUUCGAAUAAUAGACCAUUUUGCAAAUUAGGAAACCCCUUUGCCUCACAUGCUCAAUCCACAGAUUACAUGUAGAUACAAGAUGAUUUGAAGGCCUCAGCAUGUCAUUUUCUGAAUUAAAAGAGUUGAAGGAAGAAGAGAAAGUCCUUACUGAAAUUGCUAGCAAAUUCAAUGACCAGUUGAACAGACUGAAGGUUGAGGAACUAGCUCUCAUCAAUCAGCUGCGGUCCAAGAGAGAGGAUGAAGCACUCAGUGAAACAACUGAUGACUUCUUAAUGGAUGACGAGGAGAAGUCCAUAAAUGACGACCUGGCUCCUGUUGACCUGUUGGAAGAACUGGAUCUUGCUGUUCAUAAUGAUGAAGGCAAUGAAGGUGAAGUAGAAGAAGAAGAUGAAGAAAAAGAUGAUGAAACAGCUAACGAAGGAAGUGAUGAGGAAGAAUAUCAAGAUGACUUAAAGGCACUGAUGCAACAGAUUAACGCUCAUCGGAGUCAUUAUGAUUGAAAAGGACUAAUUGUGAUUGAAUAUGACCUUGGUUUAAUGCUCAUGGAGUCAUCAGGAUUGAAUAUGAACUCGGAGGGUAUGCUUGUUAGAGUCACGUACUUGAGCCCAAACCUCAGUUCAGAAUUCUGUUGUAGCAAAGUUUGGUUGAAAAAGGGUGCUGUCUUGAUGUUUUCAGAUUGUUGUUGUGGCCUCAUCUGCCAUGAGGUAUUAUUAAGAGCCAUAAGUAAGUAAAGUAAUGAAGGUACCUGUUUUGUUGGAAAAAAACAAUGUACCUUCAGUUGUUGAAAACUUUAUUUCAUUGUUUUAUCAUGUUUAGUACAUGUGUUCCACAUAUCACGAAACAGGACAAAUAAAAAAUGUGUACAU